UCUGUCUCGUUGCAGUCCCGGGGAAGAUUCAGAAGGGGCCGGACAGUGUGAAGGUGAAGGCUGGUCAGAUGGUGAAGCUGGUCGCUCACAUCAGUGGAGAGCCUGAGCCUGACGUGGGCUGGGCCAAGGAUGGUGAGGACGUGGAGGAGGAUGACAGGUUGUUUUACGAUAUCGACGCAGACACCACCACGUUGACUAUCAAAAAUGUCACAAAAGCAGACGCUGGAAAGUAUGAAGUCUUUGUGGAGAACAGUCUGGGAAUGGACCAGUCCUUCGCCAGAGUCGAUGUCAUCUGAUCUCUCUCACUCACUAUCUCUUUCCUUCCCUGUCGGUCGCUCUCCCUGUCUCUCACUCUCUCCAUCUCCCUCAGACUGUCAGUCUGUCAGCUGUCUAUCCCCCUGAAUCUCCCAGUCUCAGCUGUCUUGGCCCCUGGUUCAUCCCCAGAAACAGUCUGACGUUAGUGAUAACCCCCUCACCCCCCUCAGGGAUCACAAAUGGCCCCGGGCACAGAGGGCCCACUCCAUUCCUCGCCCACUGACCGACUCGUCAGGGUCAAACUGUUACAGCUUUUGUUUAAAAUAAAUAUUUGAAACUGUUUCA